CAACUUUGCAGUCAUUCGGCUCGGUUCGAACGGUUCGGUUCGCUUUCGGUUUCCCACCAGCAAAAUCUUACCGCAGAUGCGGAUAUCUAUCGGUAACUACUGUAGAAUCCCUCGCAGCCUGCUUUAUGUUUUGAAGAAGCAGUGACAGACAGAGCGUGCGGACAUAGGUCUUACGGCGCGUGGUCAUUUCCGCAUCCGGUGCUGCAUUCCUUCGCUGCGCGGUGGGAGUGUAAACUCGUUAUUAUUUUCGGCAGAGUGCCGCAGGAAAGGUGUCCUGUUUUUCUUAUGGGGGAGGCGACGAUAAGUCCAGCACGCGUUUGAAGUAGCUCCAGAAAGUGAGACGAAGGUGAAAAUCUCAGCAAGCUUAGACGGGGGAAAAUUCGAUACACGCAAAGGUAGAGACCGAAGCAGGCUGGCAAAGAACAACAAGAGGGGAAAGAAAAGAGUCACAAAGUAGCCCUGUGCGGUGUUUGAUAGUGUUAUUUUCCACUUUGGCCCGUUGUCAAGCACAAGAGUGUCGCGUUUUUCCUUGGCUCUCUUUCUCACCAUCUGGCAUGGCCACCUUCGUCGACAUCGCCGCCUACUCCGGUCGUUGGUUUGAGUUGUGAGUGUGCUGUGUUAUUGUUUUUUUGUGGUGUAGUGGUGGUAAACAAAAUUCUCCUCCGCCCCCGGGUCGAUUCCAAACGGAACACAAUUCAGCCUGUAAAAUUAAAUUUUUGAUGAAAUAACUCGGUGUUUUCUUACAACGAAGACAAAGCUACGCAACACGUAGAAGGCGGAGAACUUCCGUUACACGGGGGGUAGUUCAUAAAUAUUUAACGGAAAAUCGAAUCGAAAGGAACCCGAUUGCUUCGGGGAGGUGAUCUAGGAGGAGGGUACUGUUGCUUCUAAGAUCCCAUCCCUUUGGCCGUCGUGUCUUAGUUAGCCCUAGAGAGGUCGUCAAAUCGAGCACGGCCAAACAAAUCGAAGCAUUCGCGCGGAGUAGUGGCGAAGAGUGGACGUUUCCAUCCAUGCAACUCUAGAAUUAAAAUUGCUGCCAAAUAAAUCACUAUCACACAACCGAAACAAAGUAACAAUCAAUCGUAGCCAGCCAAAAUAUCAUCAAAAAACCAUCAACACGGGUAGUAAUCAACGCAGAGUGUCAAAGCAAGAACCAAGGCAACGCCAACUUUGUUGCAGGACCACGAAUAAAACCGUGCAAUCAUAGAAUCUCAGAAAAAACAACGGCGAGCCACGAUAAAACCCCGGGCAAUUGCAACAUUGUGAUAGCGGCGGCGGCACUAAAUAGUACUAGUAUUUGGAAGCAAUGGAGCGGAAGCUGCUGUACGCGUUUCGGGGGUGGAUCGCAUUCGUGGCCUUCAUGGACCUGGGGACGGCCGUUCGGUGCUACAUCGAGCGGAGGAGUUUCCUGGGCGACCACUCCGAGACGCAGUUCAUCGAAGGCGAUUACACCAUCUCUCGGAUACUGGGAAUCUACUGCAUACUGAAAGCGGUGGCCCUGGUACACUGUACCCUGUACAUCCACUACAAAGCGGUCGUCAGCAUGGGUGGCUGCUCGCUGGCCAUCACCAUGGUGCUCUACAUGACCGAGGCCUUGUACUUCCGCUCGACGACGCUCAACUUUUACGUCAUCUUCCCGUGUAUCCUCAACUCAAUGACCCUUCUUGGGCUACUCUACAUCCCCCGGAGGUUACGACUGUGGGAACAACGCGGCGACAACGACGACGAAAACUCCCAGCUCCUGAAGCAGAUGGGUGGCUACAAGAAGCGAUCCCGGGCGCACAAGAACAAAACUCCCUGAAUUUUCUGUGGGAUGGUUUAACGAUAAGGAGCAAGUCAUCCCUCGACCAUCCCCUCUAUACUUCUGGUUCUUUCACCCCCUGGCCCAACAACAAACUUCAUCAUACAAGGAACACGUUCGAUACUAGUUUACUAUUUUUACUGCUCUUAUAAUAGGUAUAGAAAUCGUGAAAUCCUAACUAAAUGGAGAAAAAGUGACAACGCAUCUAAACCGAUAGGGAAUUCGAUUGAACUGCAAAGAACGGCAACAACCAACACAAACACAAUGUGAACAUGAAAAGCUUUAAUACAUUUAUAGAGAGAGAAAAAAAAAUCAUCAACAAAUUAAUCAAUUAAAA